AUGGCAAGUUAACAUAAAGGAAAAGAAUCACUAAUAAAUGAAAUAGUCAUUAUGCGUAAUUUAAGAUGUUAACAUAUAAUAAAUUUAUAUGAAGUAUAUGAAACUACUAAUUCUAUAUAUUUUGUUUUGGAUAUAUUAAAUGGUGGAGAAUUACUAAAUAAAGUUCGUGACAAAACAAUGAGUGAAUUGGAUUUAAAAAUUUUAAUGAGAAAUCUUCUUCUUGGUCUAUAGUAUUUGCAUUACAAAAAUAUAAUGCAUAGAGAUUUAAAACCUGAAAAUUUACUUUUAAAAUCUAAAGAUAAUGAUUACGAUUUAGUAGUUGCAGAUUUAGGAUUAGCUACUUUUACGAACACUAAAAAUAUUUUAUUCAAAAGAUGUGGUACACCAGGUUUUGUAGCACCUGAAAUUUUAAGCUUUAAUGAAGGGGAUACUUUUUAUGAUGUAAAAUGUGAUAUAUUUUCUGCUGGAGUCAUUUUUUAUUUACUUUUGACAGGAAAAUAACCUUUUGAAGGAAAAGAUUAUAAAUAAAUACUAAGAGCAAAUAAAGCAUGCGAAGUUUAAUUUGAUAUUCCUGAAUUAGAAAAUGUUUCUGUUAAUGCGAAAGACCUUUUAAUUUAAAUGCUUGAAGCUUCUCCUAUCAAUAGACCUUCAGCAAGUUAAUGCUUAGAACAUCCUUUUAUUUCAGAUAAUUUAUAAAAAAAUACUUAAGGAUUAUUAAACGCUUAAUAGAAUUUAGGAAACUAUAACGUUGAUUAUUUAGCAAUAGUUAGAAAUAAGAAUAAGAAUGAUGUUGAUUCUUAAGAACAUAUAGGAUCUUUAGCUUUGCAUUCUAAUGGAGUUCCAGCAAUGAAUGGAAUGACGGAUACUGUUGGAAGCUUAAGCACUUAUAGUAAUCCAAAUUUAAAUAAAGGAAAUGAAUAACAUGUUGCUUAAACUUCGAAAUUCUCAAAUAGAAUGAAAAACGAUAGUAUAGAUUAAAAUAUGUAGAAAAAUUAAGGAAGUAAUAAUGAUAACCCGAAAAACUAAUAAAAAUAAGUUAAUUAAACUAUCUAUAAUGACUCCUCUCUUAAUUUAUUAUUGUUAUAUUCUUUCGCUAUAUCAGUUUUUAUUAAUUAUUGUUGA